AUGUCUUCAAAGGAAGUUUCACAAUCAAAUAGGCCAGCAAAUACUGCUUUUAAACAACAAAGAUUAAAAGCAUGGGAACCAAUUCUAACUCCAGCACCAGUUAUUAUUACAUUUAUUGUGAUUGGUAUUAUUUUUAUUCCAAUCGGAGCUGUCAUGUUGAAUGCUUCGAACCAAGUUCAAGAAUACUCUAAGCGAUAUGAUGAUAUUUGCGAUGUUGGCAAUACUACAUGUAAUAUCUCUAUUGAAGUACCCAAAGAUAUGGAUGCUCCAGUUUACAUGUACUACAGACUCGAAAACUUUUAUCAAAAUCACCGUCGUUAUGUAAAGUCUAGAAAUGAUAAUCAACUACGUGGUGAGGUUGUCACCAGCUACGAUCAACUCCAAGACUGCGAACCAUACAAAUCGGUUGGUGAUAGUCACGAUCCAAAUUUCUUUUAUUUACCAUGUGGUUUAAUUGCAAAGUCUAUGUUUAAUGAUUCAUUUACUGUAAGACAAAGUGGAGCAGUUGUACCUUUACAAAAGGAAGGUAUUGCAUGGUCAUCAGACAAGGAAAAGAAGUUCAAGAAUCCACCACCCGACACUGUUGGUGUUCGUAUUAUUCCAGAUUUUGAAGAUGAAGAUUUUAUUGUUUGGAUGAGAACUGCUGGUCUCCCAGACUUUAAGAAGCUCUACAGAAUCAUCAACACAGACGUUAAGAAGGGAUCCAUCGAUCUUGAAAUUAAAGCAAAUUACCCAGUCAGAUCAUUUGAUGGCAAAAAAUACGUUGUCUUUUCCACUACCACCUGGAUCGGUGGCAAAAAUCCAUUCUUGGGUUACGCUUAUAUUGUCGUUGGUGUAGUUUGUUUCCUUCAAGGUAUUGUUUUCUUGAUCAAGCACAAGGUUGCUCCAAGAAAACUUGGUGAUCCAAAAUAUUUAGAAUGGAACAAAUAA